UGGGGCCCCCGGACAAUAGGGGAUCAUGGGGCCCCUGUGUCCUUGCCCAAACUCAAAAAAGCCUAUGAAAAAGGUACCAGGGGCAUCUCAUGGGGCCCCCUACUGACCCCGAAAAUGAAAUGCCAGCCCACUGAAGACCCAUCACCAGGUGCAAGCUCCUCCAGGGGCGGACUGACAACUCAUGGGGCCCCCGGGCAAUAGGGGAUCAUGGAGCCCCUGUGUCCUUGCCCACCCAAAAAAGCCUAUGAAAGGUACCAGGGGCAUCUCAUGGGGCCCCCUACUGACCCGGGGCCCUCGGGCAGUGCCUGAGUGCCCGAAUGGUCAGUCCGCCCCUGCUCC